AUGUCCGUCAGCAGCAGCUUGGGCCUGAGCUGCCCGCGCGGCGGCGACUUCUACGUCUGCGAGGGCAACACGACCGAGUUCCUGGGCUGCUGCGCGUCCAACCCGUGCGCCGACGGCAGCGGCAAGUGCCCGACCAAGGACCUGAGGAUAUCCUCCUUCAACCCGGACAAGUACGCCAACAUCCCGCCCCAGGGCUGCGACGACCCGCGGCCGGCGAACCUGUUCUUCUACACGUGCACCAACAACGUGCCCUUCAUCGGCUGCUGCGCCAAGAACCCGUGUCAGGAGGCCGACGGCCUCUGCCCGACGGACCACCUCAUCGGCACGACGCUGAGCCCGGACGCCGUCAACCGGACCAUCUUCACCAGCAGUGCGUCCUCCUCGUCGUCCUCGUCAACGCCGGGCUCCGGUACAUCUUCCGGAGGCGACGGCCGUCUCGCCACGGGGGCCAUUGUCGGCAUCGCCAUCGGGGCCGCCGUCGUCGUCGCCAUCGUCAUCGCCGUCAUCUGGAGGUGUGGAUGGCACGCGAGGAAGCGCAACGAGAGGCGCGAGCCGGCGUGGGAGCCCGCCGCACAGAGCGCGCACCCGAGCAACCACCCCCACCACCACCCGGAGAUGGGCUACACGCCGCAGAGCCCGGCCCUCUACGACCCUGCACGUGCAUCUCACAUCAGCUACGCCACGACGGCCGCCGGCAACUCGUACCCGUCCACGUCGCCGCCGCACUCGCCCUACUUCCCCGUCAAGCACCCGGGCUCGCCCAUGUCGGUCGACGAGCGCCACCUCUCGACCUACACGGACAGCAACGUGAGCUCCCUCAGCGGCCACAACCCGCGGCACCUGAGCCAGUACUCCGCCGUCGGGGCGGCGGACCUGCACCCGGUCAGCGAGCUGGACGGCGUGGAGCAGCCGGCCGCGAGGGCGGAGCUGGGGGACGGGACGCCCGCCAAUCUCUACGGCAAAGGCGGUGAUCGAUAG